AUGUCGAAGCACGCAGUGCUGGGGCUGGUGCGGUCGGCAAGAGUGAAGCUGGCAGCUCGUGGGGUGUGCGUGAACUGCGUGUCGCCGGGUUUGGUGGGGACGCCGCUGUUGAGUGAGACUUUUAAGCUUGGGGAGGAAGAGCUGAAGGAGCUGAUGACAACAGUUUAUUCAGAAAGUAACGAUGGGCCGCUGAUGGAGAAACACGUGGCGGAUGCGGUGGUGUUUUUGGUGUCGGAGGACUUGGCGUUCGUCACCAGCCAUAAUUUGGUGGUUGAUGGGGGAUUUGGCACCAAGUCCUUAUCAGUACUCAAACCAUAA